GCAGAAUGAGAACCUUCUUGUCUUCCAUGUUGAUUUUUCACAACUAGUCAAAACUCAAUUUUUGUACUGUUUUCCCUAGGCUUCGGUAUAUGAAUGUUGAAACCUGUUUUGUAUAAUCAUGGGUCAAAAUAUAUUUUCAGUAACUUUUGAAGAUUUAGUUAACUUUUAGUGGAUUUAAUGUAAAAAAGAUAUAUGUAUGUGCAUUAUUUAAUUUUUCUAUAAAUUUUUGACCGUACGAAAUUUUGUUGUGAUCAAAAUCAACUUAUUGAAAACAUUUUUUAAUAUCUAUCUUGUUCAAUUUUAACGAUUUCAGAGUUGGGUUCGUACGUUUCUAUUACGAAUGUCCAAAGCAAUUUAACUCUUAAUAAUAUACGUUUGCAACUCAAAUGUUUUGCAUACAUCUUAUAUACAUGUGUUUGUAUAUAUAACGUAAAUAUAUCUUCUUUUUUGUUUGUUAUUAAUUAUACGUAUAUUUUCAAUGAAUAAUAACCAAAUUCUGUGAUAAGUACGAUGUCAACGUCAAAGUCACCUGUAAAUCCCGACGAUCAUGAAUUCGUCGUCCCGAAAAAGUCGAUUAAAGUACCAUCUGAUAUGGUAAUUUGGGAAAAAUCCGAAGCAUAUUUUGAAUACUUGGGAUUUAUAUUGGCCUUAAAUGAAUCGGUUCAGGGAAAAGCUUUAAAUGUUGAAUACACACAAAGUCCUACAAUAGCCAGUAUUGUUCAAAUGCUUAAUGAAUUUGAUGAAUGGAUAACACAGAUACCUCCCACUGAGCAGCCCCAACGUUUUGGUAACAAAUCGUUUAGAGAAUGGCACGAAAGAUUACAACAGAAUGGAAUAGCAGAAUUACAAAAAGUAUUGCCAGAAAAAUUACAUAGAGCAGUUCCAGAAAUAGUCCAGUAUUUAUAUGAAGGCUUUGGAAAUCCAACGCGUAUAGAUUAUGGUACAGGACAUGAAAUGGCAUUUUUAAUGUUUUUAUGUUGUAUGUUCAAAAUUGGUGCUUUCACACAGGAUGAUAAAGUAGCUGUAGUUGUAAAAAUAUUUAACAGAUAUCUGGAAUUAGUGCGUAGAUUACAAUUAACUUAUCGGAUGGAACCAGCAGGUAGUCAUGGUGUAUGGAGCUUAGAUGACUAUCAAUUUGUCCCAUUUAUAUGGGGAAGUGCUCAAUUAAUUGGGCAUCCUCGUAUAGAACCUCGUCAUUUUGUUGAACCAGAUAUUAUUCAAGCUUUUAACAAGCAAUAUAUGUUUCUUGGUUGUAUUGAAUUUAUUUCAAAGGUAAAGAUAGGUCCAUUUGCUGAACAUUCAAAUCAGUUAUGGAAUGUUAGUGCUGUAUCUUCUUGGGCCAAAGUAAAUAAUGGUCUUAUUAAAAUGUACAGAGCUGAGGUUUUAGCAAAAUUUCCUGUUAUACAACAUGUUUUAUUUGGUUCUUUAUUAUCGAUAAAACCGGCGUCUGUUCCACCUGUUAAAAGGGGACCUCGUCGAGAUCAACCAUUACAACCACCACCGACUCAGUAAUAGUAUUGUACAAAUACGCUUCAUAUCUGUUGAUGUAGUUUGUAACAAAUAUCCGGUAUUUAUAAUGAAACUAUGUUGCAAUUGUAUGCUAAAUUUCAAGAUAUAUGACACAAAUAAUUGUAUUAUGUUGCUUUUAUGCUGCACCAAUUUUUCCAUUGUUAAAUCGUAAAAUAUAUGUGUUUUAUAUAUAAAUUUUAUUUGUAAAUUAUUAAAAAUUUAUUUUAGGAAAUGUCAGUCAUAUUAGUUAACAAUGUGUUAGUAAUUAUCUAAGAUAAUCUAGAAAUUAGUUAACACGAUUAUUUAUUGUAAAUAAAAUUAAUCUGUUACAAAAAAUGGUUCAUAAUAUGUAACACACAUUGUCACGAGAAUUGCUUCAAUAUGAAUACUUACAUACUGUAAAAUAGAUUACUUUUUAAUUUCACCCAGUUAGUAGCAAUUUGUUUGUAUACAGACACAACCACUAACAAGCAUCUUCUUGUAUGAUAGAAUAAAUAUUGUAUCACUAACAAGUGCUUUUAUAAUAAUAUAUAAUACAGCUAUAUAUAUAAUAUAAAUAUAAUAAUCUAUAUAUUAAUAUAAUAA